UUUAUCAUUCUUGACAUGGAAACACUUCAGUGAGGAGGUUAGCUAGGAACAGGCUGUGGUGAAGGUGAAGUAGUUAGGUGUUAAUUAGGGUAGUAGGUCUCGCAGUCGCUUCGAGAAAUCCAGCACUGCUUGGUCGUUACACAGCACCAGCCGUAAUCAAAGGGGGAGAAGCACCUUCCCCCGACUAUGUUGUGUCCAGCCGCUCCAUUUCCCUGUACAGUAUGGACCUCUGCGCCUUGAACGGGGCCAAUAGGCUCUUGUGCCGAUCUUCCAGCAGAGACAGCUUUUUAACAGAACCAAGAGCACGAUCGAAAGUCAUUGAUUUCAUAUGGUUGUAGAAAGUAAAUGUUAAUUUGAACAUAACGUAGGAAGUAAAUGCUAAAAAACCUUUUAGCUACGGCGAAAACCGUUGCUGAACUCACAACUAGUUAAGGUUAAGGUGAGAUGCAUUUCAUCCAAACUCCGAAAAAAGAUAAGAGCCGAAACUCCAAUCUAAUUCCAUGGUUCGGAAAGAGACAGGACAGAAAUUCCACCCCCCCCCGACAACCCCGAGCCCUCGACCUUUGCCCCCAUCUCCUUCUCCUCCACCUCCGCCUCCAUCUCCCCUGCCUUUCUCCUCUUCUCCUCUGCCCCCAUUUUUUUGUCCCCUAACAGAGCAGGAUCUCGGUGAGCGCAUCGCCUGCAAGAACGUGGCUGCGUCGUUCUCCUCCACUCCGUCUUCUUCGUCGCAGUCCCAGCCCGACCUCGAUCCCUUGGAGACGAGGUUCCGAUCCGUUCUCCCGACCCUCCUUCCCUCCUACGUCUCCCCUUCUUCCCCAGGGAAGGACAGAGAAAUAAUCGCCAUACCGAAGCUAUUGACGCUAGUUUACAAAAUUGAUGGCGAGAUGUUGCGUAACUUCUAUGUUUGUGCUGAACUCAUCCACAUGUACGGUGGUCUGGGCUGCAUAGACUCUGCUCACCAAGUAUUUGACAAAAUGUCUGAAAGAAACGAGGUGGUUUGGUCUUUGAUGAUCUCCAAAUACAUCCAUAAUGGAUAUGAUGGGGAGGCUAUGAGUUUGUUUUCUCGGAUGCGAUAUGAGGAAUUCUCUUUUAAUUCAUUCAUCAUGGUCAGCCUGAUUGGAUCUUCAGCUCGCCUUAUCGAUUUGAGUCUUGGUUCUUGCAUCCAUGGUUGCGUUAUAAAAAGUGGUUUGGCAGGUGAUUCUUUCGUAAGGACCUCUUUGGUGGACAUGUAUGUGAAAUGUGGAUGUAUUAAUGGCUCUCAUCGAGCUCUUGGGGAGGGGAAGUUCUUGAACCUAAUAUAGCUACAUGGAAUUCCAUUAUCUCUGGGUCAGUGAAUCGUUGCUUGUUUGGUGAUGUUGUGCCAUUGUUUAAGAAAGUCCAAUUGUUGGAUUUGAGACCUAAUUUAGUGACAAUGUUGAGUCUGAUCUCUGCUUGUGCUGGGCUGGGGUCAGAAAAACUGUGCAGAUGCAUUCAUAGCUUUACUGUUAAACUCAGAAUUGAUGCACACCUUAAAGUAGGUAAUGCACUCUUGGAAAUGUAUUCGAGCAUUGGAGCCAUUGAUGAUGCAUCUAAGCUAUUCAACAUAAUGCAGGUGAAAGAUGUGAUCAGUUGGACCACAAUGAUCAACAUGUAUGGUUCUGCUGGUUGUCCUGUUAAUGCUCUGAAGUUCUUCUGGCAGAUGAGAAGUGCAAAUGUUGAACCCGACAUGGUUUCAAUGGUCGCUCUGCUUAGUGCAUGUGCAGUGUUAGGUGAUCUACAAAAACUUAAGAUCGUCCAUAAUCAAAUUAUUCUUUGGGGUCUGGGGUUUGAACUUCAUAUUGGAAAUUCUUUAAUAUCAGUAUAUUUUAAGUGUGGUGACAUGCAAUCUGCAGAGAUGAUAUUUUCUUUGAUGUCCCAAAGGAGUCAAGUUACUUGGAGUUCCAUGAUUUCAAGGUAUAUAAUGAAUGGCCAAGCAGAAAAUGCUACGAAAUUGAUGAUAAAGAUGGUAACUGGGGAUCAACCAACAAAAUGGAUGCAGCUCUGUCGGUUAAUGGACUGUCAGCAAUUGCCGACCUUGCUAACUUGGGAUUGUGUAAGCAGGUUCAUGCUUACAUUGUAAUUUGUGAUAUAAUAAUUGUUCAUAAUAGUGUAUUUUUUAUGUUUUUAAUUGUUUAUAAUUUACAAUAUAUAGUAAAUUGCUAUGAACUCAUGCUUGCAAUUAUUUUUCAUUUUACAAUUAUUUGUAAUUAAAUAGUGUUUAUUCUCAUGAAAUUUGUGUAUUUAUUAUCA